AUGUGCACGAAUUGGUUUCUGCCAAGAAUUGGGUCUACAUCGUGGGUCUACAAGAUAGUAAGAAACAUUUUUAUUUUAUUUUGUUGCUUUAGGAGAAGAAUGACCGGCCCCAUCAAACGCCGCGGCUACGUCUGUCUUAGCCGUUCAACCCCGCACAGCAGGUCCCAGGAACUCCCCAGCAGAUCCAGGACCUCCCCGGCAGUUCCAGGGCCAUGUCUCCACACGGACUUGCAGUAUUGUCCAUAACACCGUGAUUUCAAUGCCGUAUUCUCUGUUGUUUCAUCCCUGGCCAUAUCAUAUUUAAUAGAGAUGUUGUUAGUCUUUCUAUUGGCCUUAUGUUAAGCUUUAUUAUUGUUUACCUGUGUGUUCCCAAGAGGCAUUUUUAUUUAUUUAGUUGUGAAUUGGUAGCAAGAAUUAUUUUAUACCGAUUUAAAUGUAAAAUAUCUCUAUUUCCUCUCUUACGCCUUGUUAUUUUUUGGAUUAUUUGUUUUAAUAAAUUGUUAUUGUCAAGAAAAAUGUAUGGGAGUUGUGAAUAGUGCUUUAUACACUCGAAAUAUAUUCAAAACGGCAAACCGGAGCGCUAGAAAAAAAAUUCCGCCGGAGUGGGCGGAGUCAAUUUGGGAGGUCGCAAAUCCACGGAUUUGCUACCUCCCAAUUCCGUGCCGUCGCAAAAACGCCGUUUUGCUACCUUCUCUCUCGCGGAGGAAGCGAAAACGCCGAUUCGCGACAGAUUUUUUUCGGAGGUCGCGAAAAGAAGGAUUCGCUACCGAGACCACGUCGCAAAUAGAUCAUUUCGCUACUUUUUGAAAUUGGUAGCGAAUCCAGCAAACAUUCUCGAGCUCGAGAAAAAAUUCUUAUUCCUUCGCUCUUAUAUCCUGAAGUGUUUGCAAAGUCUCAUCAAGCAUUUCAAACAUGAAUAUUCCAUCUCAAACGAAUUUUCUAGACUCAGUUUUUGCUGGAUCGUCUCAACUUGGAUGAACUGUGCCUGCUGGCGUCGGUCUGCAAAGUCACUUACAAAGUGGUCAAUCUCGACUUUAAAAACCUCUGCCGUGCCUUCGAAACAGUAAGAUUGAAAGGAAACACCUGGGUACACUCGCUACGAAAGUAAGUGUUUGGCUUAAAAAGAUAUUCUGACAAGUGUCUGAGCUCUAAAUUGAGCCGCGUAUCAAUUUCAGAUUCUUUUAAACUUGUAGGGAGAAGUAAAUACUAUGGUGCGACGCUGAGAUUUCGAUGCAACCUGGCACAUUUGGUUAAUUUUUCCUAGGACACUUAUAGCACGCGCUUUGCAGAAACCACCGAGAUUUUUUAGUAGAAAAUUGAAAAAAAUGUGACAUUUUUUUGCCAAUUUUUAAAUACAGAAGGAGUUCCGUAUUUAUAUUUCUACCGUAUAGGGUAAUCGUUAGACAAAAAAAUCAAUUUCUUUCACGUCCAACGUAUACGGAAGAUUUUAUGAAAAUCAGAGUGUCGCAUUUGGGGUACUUCCCUUGUUAGCUAAUGAUUUGCAGGUCACACCGAGACUUUCUACGUUAUAUAGAGGCUAAAUAAAAUGUAGUGAAGACGCUAUUUGGUUUGUAAAUUUUGUUUAAUAGAACUAAAAAAUAUGUCUUCAGGAGGAGAAACGAUAUUUGCCCUCCCAAAGACUGGCAUUCAAAGGCCGGAAAAAUAUGUUUUCAUUCUCGUAGCACUAAUUGCAUCGUUAGUGCAAGUAUGGAUUUGAACGAGAUGGAAAAAAGCACUAUAUUUCCAACGAAGGAAAGACUGAUCGUUGUGCGACUCCGCUUAUCAGAUGAUGGCCGCCUCUUAAUGCUCGCAGAGGUACGUGCAAACAUUUCUUUAAACGAAGCUUACAGACGAAGUACCCCAAGUGCGACGCUCAAAUUUUGAUGAAACUUGGCACAAUUUAAGAGUAAUUUUUUCUAAAAAAUAUGCGAGAAUGUUAGCUCGCGCUUUGCAGAAACAACCUAGAUUUUUAGAUCAAAAGUUGGCCAAAAAAAUUUGCGUUUAGCGGGCUUCGUGGAAAUUGAACAGAGUGAAAUUGGACAGAGCGUGGAAAUUGGACAGAGUGAAACUCGACAGAAUUUUUUUCACUGCAAAAAAUCGCUUCGUGGAAAUUGGACAGAGUGAAAUUGGACAGAAAUAUAUUUCCAAUUUCCGCGCUCUGUCCAAAUUAUUUCUGUCAAAUUUCACUCUGUCCAAUUUCCACGAAGCCCGUUUAGCGUACUCUCUCGGCGGCAAAUGUCGUUCAAUAUCUUGGCGGCGCUUGCGAAGCGCGAGCUAAAACUUUCAGGAAUUGAUACUUAGUUCAUGAGCGACGUGUGUACAAAAUUUAAAGAAAAUCUGAGCGUCGCACUUGGGGUACUUCCCGUUUAGGCAUAUUGUUAUGGAUCCACCAGAUUUGUGGUUUACGACUUGGAGACUGAAAAAAUUUUGCGCAAAUUCAUUACCAGGGGGAAUUUUUUUGGCUUCGCUUUGGGAUUCAUGACAAGUACAGGCGCACGUUUCAUGACUUCUACACCAGUGUGGAGCAUGUGAAUACUGUUCCAUUCUUCGGCUUUCCUUGUCUUAGGAGCGCCGCCGACCUGGGCCGCAGGCAUUACAUUGCAACGACGUGUGAGGGAGGGAUCUACCUGUACGAGUGUUACGAUCGAAAGUCGUACCUUUUCUCGCAGCCGCCUGCGCUGACACUGCAGUUCAUGGUCGUGGCGCCGAGGGAACACAUCAUUAUGCGGACACUGGACGGGUACCGUAUUCAGGACAUACCAACGCAGGAAAAUAUUUUCGAAUUCUCCUUCACAGCGGAGUUUUUUUUCGAUUUAAGACUGAUGGACCCAUGCACAAUUUAUAUGGGGAAGACGAACAUAGUGAGUGGUAACGCAAAAGCUUCAAAACAGUGAGGGACCUGAUCCAGUGGCAAAAAACGUACCAUUUUGCAUUCUGGAAGUAUCAAGAAUGUGUCAAAAUGUUUCCAUCUCCAAGUGAAAAAACUUCGUUUUGAAGGGCGCCGUUUUUUCACUUGGAGAGGGAAGCAUUUUGCCACAUUUUUGAUACUUCCCUGAUGCGAAAUGGUACGUUUUUUGCCACUGCAUCAGGUCCCGCCACUGCAAUUUUUUUCAAAAAUUAUUCAAAUUUUAUUUUCUCCAUCGUUUUGUGCCAUAUUUUUUUUGGUUUUCCAGUUCUUAUGCUACGACACCGUCAAAUCCAAAUGGGAAUUGAAAAAGUUGUCGCGUUAUUCCACGAUCUACAAAUGUUGCAAAGAAUUGGCUAAGCCGUCAUGCAAAACAGGCAAAAAUUUUAUUCCAUUGUUUCUUGGAAAGGAUUUUCGAACAGCCGAACCCCAGGAACUUCCGCUCCAGGACUAUUUUUUCGACUUUCUGCAAAAGCGCGCCAAACGGAGAAAAUUAUGUCAAAUUUUAUGA